AUGUCUAGAUCUUCGGAUUCGUGUCCAUCACGAACACUCGCACGUCCAGCUUCUGCUGAGCAGCCCAUAAAGCCUUUAAUCCUUCUCUGCGAUGGCACUUGGUGUGGUCGCGAAGCAAACACUAAAACCAAUAUUUACAAGCUUGCUCGACUGAUCGGCAUCGAAGAUCCUAACGACACUGACCAGGAUAUUAUUCCUGGUAGAGCUUGCUACAUUCACGGCGUCGGCCUCGGGAGCACAUUUUUGGAUUAUAUCUUUGAUGGCAUCACUGCACAAGACAUCGCCGCUCAGUGCAUUGCAGCCUACAAGUUCACCGUCUGGAACUACACGUACCCCGACCACGAGAUCUGGAUGUUCGGCCUCUCCCGGGGUGCAUACCUAGCGAGAAGUGUAGCUGGGAUGAUCAACAACUGUGGAAUCAUCAAACCAUCUAUCAGAUUUACCGCUCACCCUAUCGUAUCGAUAAACCACACUCGCCCCAGUCAGAACAGUUUAGGAGGACCAAAAGCUGGCCCCUCGUCGGCGAUGAAAACCCGGACGACCCGACAGCCCCAGUUGACAUCGCCCAUAAAAUUUAUGGGCCUCUUUGAUACAGUCGGCAGCCUGGGAUUGCCAAACUUUUCCGGGGGUGUUGGUCUAGAUUGGACAGCGUUUUAUGAUCAAAACAUUUCCACCGCGGUCGAGAAUGUUUACCAUGCUGUAUCCCUUCACGACAGGCUAUAUGCGUUCCAACCCUGUCUGGUGAGCCGGAACGAGGAGAUGCACAUUGGCACUUGGGAUAAGCUUGGUGUUACCAAACAAGAGUGGCUCCCUGGGGUGCAUUACGACCUUGGUCGGCAGCGGUUCAGAUUUCUGAGAGAAUUCGGUGGCGGCAGGUUAGAAGAACUCCUUGUGAGGUGGAAAUUCGCUAGCAAAGUUAUUGAGCCGAACAAGGUUCUUUCAAAUUUUGCUUUGCGAUGGAUGCUCAUAGCAAUUUGCGAGCACAAUCCCCCUGGACAUGACCAGAUUAUACGGGACAUUGACCAGCAUAUCGCGCGAGUUAGCGGGAAGAUUAGGGCUCCAGGUAGGACUCCCCGACGUAUGGGUGACGGGGACGUUUAUGGCCACAUACUUGACUAUGCGCCCUUCGGGUCAAUAUUUUUGAAUCUUUAUAGGGCAAUUAAUGGGACAAGAGGACGGGUUUCUCAGCUAUAUCAGCUUUUCUUUGCACUGCGAGAUCGUCUUAUCCCGGAGGACAACGCUAACAUCUAUGAUUUUCAAAAUAUCGAUGUACAGAUUUCGGAAAACGAGACGCUCCAAGAAUUAGGAGAUGUCACUGAGAGGAGAUAUCCGUCGAGGGCAUACCAGGGCUGGAUAUUGCGUCGGAAUAUGUAG